AUGGACUCGGAACCGGAACAUGCCACGACAGGUAGCGCCGAGCGCCGAGAUGAUGGUUACGUGCCCGAUUGCGCCGAAGACCAAGCACGUCGGGAACGGAAACGGCAGAUUGAUAGACGAGCACAGCAGCAGCAUCGGAAGAGGCAGAAGAUCUAUGUCGAGCAGCUGGAGGAAAAGCUCAGGGUCUUCCAGUCCACGGAUCAGUCCGAUGCUGCCCGACUCGGAGCUCAGAACCUUCGUCUUCGGCAAGAACUCGAGUCGUUACACACUCUCUGCGGAGACAUGGGAAGGAUCAUGCAACGGCAGAACGAUUUGAUCAAGAACUCGAUUCUUUCGUCCCUACCGAUGAUCUCGCUCACCGGCAGACCUGCUGCUUCACCUCACCACGGGACCCCAAGAAGCUUCCCAAGCGACGAGGAAAACGAGGGGGCCGGAGUGACCGCAGCACAGGCCGUCGGCUCAAAUAUCCCGGGUUCGGCCUAUCAGGAUCCACCAGACCUCCCCAGCACCUUGCAAGCGGAGCUAGAGAUUGGCGCAUUGGCGAAGAACGCUUCGAGAGCAGGUGGCAAAGACGAGCGCGAACAUAUGACAACACAUUAUCGGCCUUCGGGGUCUUCGGGGGGGAAUGAAGGAGGGCCCCCGCUUGCGGCCACCAACUCGGAGCUUGGUCAGCCGACAGCAGGCCACUCCUCGUUCGCUUGCGGCAUGGAGGACGGCUGGAAACUGAAAGGGCCCUUGGAAAACCCAACGCAUUUUUUCACGGCACCGAACGACCCCAACGAUUCGCUAGACCUAUUCAACGGCUCGCAGCUGGCGCUUCCUCACGAUGAAUGGGCUUGCGAUGCAGGCGUGGAAGAAGCCGCCGAACCUUCGGCGACGGUUCGCUCCGAGAGGAAUGACUUGUCACACUUCAUCACACCCAAGGAACUUGCUGGUUAUGGCAGACCUUUCUUGGGACAUAGCUCACCCGAACGCCUAGGAGAUCGGCUUCCGUGGGAUGGUGCAGGUCCUUUCUCCAACCCGUGGCGGAUAUGGACGUCGGAUGCGUUGCCGCACCUCCGCUCCUUUCCAGUCCUACUAUCGCCUCCGCUUCAUAAAGACAAGUCGUUAUACGAUAUCAUCGGACGGGCUCGUUCAAAGGCAAUGCCCAUCAAGCAUCCGAGCAUCCGGGAGUUUCUCCUUGAUCAAACCGAGAACACAUUCUCGACUGAUAUCAAGAGUUACCUGGAGCCCAUCAAGCAAACAAGAAGCCCAUCUGAGUUCCUGGCUGCCUACUGGGUCCUCUAUCUUCUGCUACGGUGGUACGUCAAUUUUGACGACGAGUCCUACCGUACUCUUCCCUCUUGGCUCCGUCCCAGCCCCUUGCAGCUCACGGUUGCCCAUCCGGCUGUGGCGGGGCUUAUUGCCUGGUCAGUCGUUCCGCUCUUCCGCCCGGUACAGCUGCUGACCCACUAA